CGUCUUGUUUCCUCGUUUCAAAGUAGCAAACAACACGCAGUUUCCGUCUUAAUCAGAUUUAUGUUUUCUUCAUCACAUGCUCUGGACCUCUGUCUUGUUCAAAAGUUCUCUAAGACCAAACAAAGAGCUUCUGCGAUUUUCCUGUUCCGUAUCUAAUCUCGCAGUGAUUUUUUGGGAAGGAGAUGGGUUUCAUAAUGGAGUUUGCGGAGAAUCUGGUGCUGAGGUUGAUGGAGGAUCCGGAGGUGAGAGACAGGAAAGCGAGGGAGCACAUAUAUGAGAUGCACGAGAGGUGCAAGAAGAUUAAGGAGAUGUGGGCUUUGCCUAUUCGUCCUUAUGGUUUCUGGACUUUUGAGCGUCACAACGCUCAGCUUCGUUGGGAUCCUCAGAUCAGUCAGGUUGCUGGUCGCAGGGACCCUUAUGAUGAUCUCCUUCAGGACCACCCUUCUUCCUCAAACUAAUCAUUCAAUGGCAGAAGAUGUGUUGUGAUGUUGUCUGGAUAGAUGCAUGUGUCUGUUUCAGUUCCCGAUUGUACUCCCUUCUUUGCUUUUUUCUUUCAGGUGUUUUGAAGCCUGGUACAAACUCAAUAAUAACCACUGUAGACUUGUUUACAAAGGAGAGAGGAGUAUACUCUCAUUGUUUCUUAGUAAAGUUGUUUUGAUUCUCCAUUUGCAUCUUUGAAUAUGAAUAUACUUUCUGAAAUGUGAUGAGUUUUUUUUCAUGUUA